UAAACCACACAAGCGCGCACUUCAUUUAAUAACAAAAAUAGAAGAAUUAACACUCUCAAAAAUGGGCAGCGCGUUGAUGAUACGAGUCGUGGAGAUGCAGCGGAAGAAGAGAGAGAAGAGUAGCAAGAAGAUGAGGUCGAGCACGAGCCACCUUGGGAGCAGGACGAGCCAGUCUACGCCUGGCUUGAUGUUUUAUUUACGCUAUUUCAUUUACACUUGCGUAUUUUUGGUAAUUUUCUAUAUUAUUUUGAACCGAGCAUAAUUUAUAAGCUCUGUCCGCGUUAUUUUGUUGGUUCUUCCACGAAUCUCUAAUAUCAAAAGUAUUAUUUUUCUCUCAAAGACUCGCCAAAUGCCCAAAACUAUGAUUUCUCUUUAACCCUAGUUCAUCUUCGUCGUUAGCCUCUCGGCUCUCAUGACAGUUUUUCAUUGUUUAAUAAUUGUGAUAUCGUGUUUUCUUGGAGUUCUUUGGCUGGUUGGUUGGAGAGAAACACAUGAUACGAGCUUUGACCGUAUCAUCUGGUAUUUUCAUCUGUUUUCAUGUCACCAAAUACAUUGGGGAUGCCAAUUUUGGAGGAGAUUCCAGCAGGCGGCAGCCACGUCGGAAGAUAAGUCUAUGGUGCACAAUCAAUUGGCACAAGAACAUAUUAACCAUAAAAAAAAAGAAAAGAAAAGAAAAGAAAAGAAAAACAAACUCAAAAGUCAGAUCUGUCAUACUACAACAUUAGGUUAUUAAAAUCAUCUUCCACUUUAUAAUCAGAAAAAGAGGAUACUUUAGUUUUACCUUUGAGUAAAACAAUUGCCAUUUUUUAAAAUUUUAAUUCGUCCAAAAAAUUAUUCUAUAUCUAUUUAUACUAAGAUUUUUCUAAAUAAGGUGAGUUCCAUUAUAUACUUGUAGUAUCAUAAAUUAAUAAACUGCUAUAAACCCAUUUAAACAUAAUAAAUUAUUGAAACUUAUUUUCACAGUUAUUUAUUCAAACUUUGAACAUUACUUAAAUUUAUGUAAAUAAGAACAGAAUCCAAAUCGAAAUUGGGUGUGGUAACGGGUCCAAGUUGAAGUGGGCGGAAUGCUUAAAUUUUAACUCAAGCCCAAUUUGACUCCCACAUAUGGCAGGGCAGCUCACCCACUUCGCACGUGCUACGCUUGGAGUAACGCAACGCUCCGCUGCAGCGCGUGCGAUAAGAUUUCGCCCCACACUUGAAAUAGCGCAGAUAUUGUAACUGAUGAAUUCAACGCACUUGCAACUGAUUCACCAAGCUGGACGUUGGUGGAGAUCUCUUCCCGCCAUCGCCUCACCGGAAACCGCCAAACCAUGGAGUUUCCUGCGGCGGUGGCGCUAUUCAUUUUCCUCGCAUCUACCGCCGUUUAUUCAGCUCAGGACUUCGACAUCGCCUCGCAGCUCCGCUCCAAGCCAUCCAACACAGCCGGUCUCUGCGCUAAUGUCAUCGAGCCUUCUGGAUUCCCUUGCACCGAACACACUACUCGGACAAAAGAUGGAUAUGUUUUGGGACUUCAGCGUGUUACGUCUCAUUCUGUAGCUGUGCAUAAAGGGGCACCUCCGGUUUUGCUCAUUCAUGGACUUUUUAUGGGAGGUGAUGCAUGGUUCUUGGAUUCCCCAAAUCAAUCCUUGGGUUUUAUACUUGCCAACCGUGGUUAUGAUGUGUGGGUUGGUAAUGUACGUGGAACACGUUGGAGUCAUGGACAUGUAUCUCUGUCAGAGGAAGAUAAGGAUUUCUGGGAUUGGAGUUGGCAAGAGCUGGCUCUUCAUGACCUGGGAGAAAUGAUUCAUUACAUAUAUUCAACUACAAAUUCCGAAGUAUUAGUUGUCGGACAUUCACAGGGAACAAUCAUGUCUCUGGCGGCCUUAACUCAACCAUAUAUAGCAAAAAUGGUUAAGGCUGCUGCACUUCUCUGUCCUAUAUCAUACCUGGAUCAUAUCACUGCUCCUUUUGUUCUGAAAUUAGUUAAAAUGCGUCUAGACGAGAUAAUUCUGGCAUUGGGAAUUCAUGAGCUCAAUUUCAAAAGUGAAUGGGGCACUCGCAUCAUGGAUAUGAUGUGCGACGGACAUCUGGACUGUGCUGACAUGCUUUCUUCAGUUACAGGUUGCCUCACUAAAUCUCGUAUAUCUUCAGGGGAGAAUUGCUGCUUCAAUAGCUCGCGGAUCGAUUCCUAUCUUGAAUAUGAGCCUCACCCAUCAUCCUCAAAGAACUUGCACCAUCUUUUCCAGAUGAUCCGUGAGGGAACAUUCGCGAUGUAUGACUAUGGAGUGUGGAAAAAUCUAAUGUACUACAAGCAGAGGAAGCCACCAGCAUUUGAUGUCAGCUCCAUCCCCAGUUCAUUGCCGAUCUGGAUGGGGUACGGAGGCAAUGAUGCAUUAGCAGACGCUGCAGAUGUGCAGCGUACAAUCAAGGAAUUGGUAUCAAAACCUGAAUUGCUCUAUCUUGAAAACUACGGACACAUAGAUUUCCUAUUAAGCACGAGAGGCAAGGAAGAUGUUUACGACAGUAUGCUUUCUUUCUUUAGCUCCUUGGCAAAAUCUAGCUCUUAUUGAGCUCUAGUGUAUGUCUACUACUAUUUCUAUGUUGUAAAUUGUACUCUACACGUGUGUUGUACAUACGGGAUCCGUUGUUAUCCCCUUGGCUAGGUUUUGUGAGCCGGGUUAGGAUUCAGAUUCGGAUUCGGAGUUAUCCACGUAACUGGGUCUUAUAAGACUCUAAUUGGGACUCUA